GUGAUUUCGUAGUGUGGAGAAGCAAUAGCAACAGGAAGGACUAUUGAGACUGCAUUCUACUGUCGUACCUGUGCUCGCCGUGAACCGGCGUUGUGUAAAGGAGUUUGAAUGAAAUACGAAAUCAGCUACCACAGCGAUACCGAGACGAUGGGUAGCCGUGCUCAGUCCGUUAUCUGCGACAAGGUGAUGGCCGGUUUGCCUCAGUUGCUGGACGAUCUGCAGAAACUCUCCGAAGACAACGACACAGCCGAUAUUGUGUUUGUGCUCGGUCCAACCGAGGAGCGCGUCUACGCACAUCGCAUUAUCCUGAUGGCUCGUUGUAAAUCGUUUCAAAACACGAAACGCGGAGAAAUCUGUCGCAUUCCCGGUUGUACCGUCUCCACCUCGGCACCGGGCACACCGACACCGAUCCGGCUGCCUCACAUCGAGCCCGAUAUCUUUCGACAGCUGAUUUUGUAUGUUUACACGGCAAAGAUAAUGCUGCAAGAUUCGAAAGUGUUUGAAAUGAUGACGCUGGCCCAGGAUAUGGGUGUGGAUGAGUUGAAGAUCGCGUGCGAGGAUCACGUCGGUAAAACCAUGUCUGUCGCUAACGCGUGCACAUUUCUGACGGCCGUGAUGGAAAUUCAGGAGAAAGCAUCAGGUGCCAAGUGUGCUGCCUCAUUUCUGGAGAAGUGCAUCACCUACAUAGCGGAGAACGCAUCGGAAUGUGUGAAAACGAAUUCGUUCCUGAAUCUCACCAAGGAGGGACUUAUUCAGGUCAUCUCCUAUGAUAACCUUGGCCUGGAAGAAGAGGAUGUUUGGCGUUGCGUGUUGGCAUGGGCCAAGAACCAGGCGGGUGUAACACAACCAACGGCUCACUGGACCGAGGAGGAGAGAGGACGUGUUUGUCUAUACCUGGCCCCGGUCAUUUCGCAUGUCCGGCUUUUCCUAAUCGACAGUCAAGUAUUUGCCGAGGAGGUGGAACCAACAGGUGCUGUCCCGAUCGAGCUUUCGCUGGAGCGAUACCGUCGGGCAGCUCUUCACUCCAACAAGCUCCCUACAGCGGCAGCAACAGCGGUUCCAGCGCCGGCCAGUGGUCCCUUAACGGAAAACGAUAAACGACUGCAGCCACGUCUCAUGCUGAAUCUGUUUCAUGGCUCAACCAUAUUGAAGAAUGAUAAAAUUCACUUUCAAGGCACUCUCAACGGAUGGUACGGUGCUGCAAAGCAAACAUGGCGUUUAGUGUACCGGGCCUCUACCAACGGAUUCGCUGCAUCCGCUUUCCAUCGUCACUGUGACGGUGUUGCACCGCUAUUCAUCAUUGCUCUGAGCUCAAACGGCGCAAUUAGUGGAGGGUUUACGGAUGUCGCAUUCGCCAAAACCCACCGUAAGGGUGGCUAUUUGCACUCUGAGAAGGCAUUUUUGUUUGCACUAAACUAUAACAACGAACCGCCAACCAAGUUCGACAUUGUCAAGAAACCCUAUGCGAUCUGCUAUCAUCCAGACUGUGGACCGAUCUUUGGUGCUGGCGCCGAUCUUCUCAUCUCUGAUAACUGCAACGUGAACACGGAAUCGUAUUCCAACUUUCCGCACUCGUACGAUGGACCAAAUGCCAUGUUCGGCCACUUGUUUGGAGAUUACAAUUUCUCCAUCACCGAUUACGAAGUAUUUACGCUCGCACCAUCAGCCGCACCGGUUGCUAGUAAACUGAAACACGAGAGAUAUCCGUGAAGAAGACCCCCUUCAAGCACUGAUACACUUGGCGAGAUUAGGGAGAAUGUUCCCAGCAUAGAGUAGAUUUUUUUUAUUAUUCUUGGUUUAGAUGAACUAGGUUUAAAAAAAUGGUGAAAGAAAGAAUAGCUGGAAGUUUGUAUGCUUCAUAUAAAAUUAAAUAAAAUCGA